UUCCCUCCUUCGGCCGUGCUUGAAUCCUUCCUUAAUCGAUGACGUCUUCGCUGAAAACAGCGUCCGGGUAUGGUAAGGUUAUUGCAUGGAGGUGGUUAGGUUUAGCUUCGAAUCGUAGGAGAUUGGGAGUUUUCUGAUUUGGUUGCGUGGAGGUAGAGUGCGCUUGUGCUCUAUGUUAGGUCGGGACUGGACUGUGAAUGCUGUUUUUCUUUUCUUGAAUUAGCACGGGCUCGGUUCAGCUUCAGAGGUCAUCUUCCCUUUUUGUUCCGUUCUCUAGCUUAAUUGUUCUCGAUUUCUCGACACGAUGUGGAUUUUUGAAGCGGAAACUGUUAAAUGCUUAUCGAAAGUUUCCGAUGAAAGUAUGGAUCGAAAAGGUCUUAUCGGGGUAUGCUGUGUUCUACGUCGAUUUGACUCGUUGUCUUGCUGAUGAGGAUACAUCAUCCUUUUUUCCCUGCCGAACCCAGCAAAACAGGCCACUGAAUUCCCAAAAUGUGGCUGAUUCUCUGCAAAAGUUUAACCUGAAGAAGGCGGCUGUCCAAAAGGCAUUGGAUACUCUUGCUGAUAACGGGCGAAUAUCUUCUAAGGAGUAUGGUAAGCAGAAGAUAUACCUCGCUCGGCAGGACCAGUUUGAUAUUCCAAACAGCGAGGAGCUCAAUCGGAUGAAGGAGGAAAAUGCCCAGUUGCAGCAACAACUUGAAGAAUAUAGGAAGGCAAUCAGUGAGCAUGAUGGAGCAGAAAUACGAGCUUUGCAGUCAAAUCUUACUCUGGAACAGAUACGUGACAAGGAAUCUACUCUCAGAUCAGAAGUGAAGCUAAUGGAGGAAAAAUUGGAGAAAUUGCGUGGAGGAGUCACCCUUGUGAAACCGGAAGAGCGGAAGGCUGUACAGGAUAUGUUUGCGGAAAAGAUAAGACAGUGGAGAAGGCGUAAGAGGAUGUUCAAAGAUCUAUGGGACACAAUAACUGAGAACUCACCCAAGGAUCUGAAAGAAUUUAAGGAGGAACUUGGACUUGAGUAUGAUGAAGAUGUCGGUGUCUGUUUGCAGUCUCUCUGCAACUUACAGCAAAACGGCAAGAAGCGGCCUAGAAGCGAGUAACCGGUUGGCGUCUCUCUCUGAUGGCAACUUGGGGUAUACAUUGCUCUGCAUCCUCAGAGAAAUACCGAUGCCGAUAUGUGUAAACUAUUCCAUGCUUUGACCAUCCGAAGCUAUUCUCUUCUAUGUUCAAUUAAUGAGUGUACAUAUAUAUAUGACGCUUUGGAAAAUACUUCAUUGAGCCUGUGACAGUAUAAUCAGGGGAGCA